GUUUUUGUUUUUUAUUUGUGAGAAUUAUGUGUUUCAUGGUGAUUCCCCGCCACCACCCUCCCUUCCUGUCAUGGUUACAGAAUCACAGCAAGCUUGGAGUUUCUGGUCGUCAUUUUGUUACUGCAAGAUUUCCAUACUCGUUCUGUGUCACUUUUCUUUGUUUACUAAGAUCGUGCUCUGUAGUGGUUCAUAUCUGUGUGUGUGUGCGUGCGCAUGUGUUUGUGUACGUGAACGUACGUACGUGCGUACAUACGUGUGCACGCGUGUACGAGAUGCAUACAUUGCCCUCCGUCCCCCUUCCAACUUCUAGUGAUCAACGCCAUUUGCCUUUAAAAGGCACACACACUCCCACAUUAGGAUCGAUUGUACUGUGCAGACUACACAUAGCCUCAUUGAAUAGUUGAAAACCCAGCGCCCCCCCUCAGUCUCCCACCCUUCUAUCCCCACACUCGUGCUGGAAAACACUGACGUACACUUUGUAGUUGAUGUGGAUGACGUUAAUGACGACAAUGGUGGUGGUGGUGGCUGUGCUGAUGAUCGUGUGAGCUGAGUGCCUUGUUUUGUCGUGUGAACCGUGAUUCCACGGGGAGGGAAAAGCUCCUCUUAUUAUUGGAAUAUUUCUGGUUUCUCUCCUCUCUCCUGUCUGCUAGGACAAUAUUGGGCAUCGGCUGCUUCAGAAACAUGGCUGGAAGUUGGGCCAGGGCCUUGGCAAAACCAUGCAGGCGAUUUGAUCCUGCCCAUGUUGUGCUGAUGGUAAACUUAGUGGACGCACGGACCCUGUGCCCAUUAUUCUUAAAUAUGAUGUCAUGGGGAUGGGACGGAUGGAGAUGGAGAUGGAUUAUGCUGAGGAUGCGACUGAGAAAAGAAGAGUGCUUGAAGUGGAGAAGGAAGAGACUGAAGAACUCCGUCAGAAAUACAAGGAUCAGAUCGAAAAAGAGAAAGCAAUCGCCAAAGCCCUGGAAGACCUGAGGGCUAAUUUCUAUUGUGAGCUAUGUGACAAGCAGUACACCAAACACCAGGAAUUUGACAACCACAUCAACUCGUAUGACCACGCUCACAAGCAGAGGCUUAAGGAGCUCAAGCAGCGGGAGUUUGCUCGGAAUGUGUCGUCGCGUUCUCGCAAAGGUGGGAAGAAGCAGGAAAAGAUGCUGCGUCGUCUUCACGUGCUGGCAGAGCAGAGGAAACAGCAGGACUGCACUCCAGGAAGUGGUCCCAUGUUCAAAACCACCACUGUGGCUGUGGAUGGCGAGAAGGCCGAAGAUGGAGAUAUCUGUGCCCCCAAAAGCGCUGCUGUGAAAAAAACUGCCAUGGAGGUCUGCAUUGCAGACAAAAGUGAACAGCCCUCCCCAAAGGCUGCACCGACGCUGAGCUUCUCCCUGGGGAAGAAGAAGAACUCUUCCUUGCCCACCCCCAGCGUGUCCUCUAAAGUCAGCGUGUCCUUCUCCUUCGCCAAGAAGACGCCUGUGAAGUUGGAGACGGCGGCCGCAGUGUUUACCGAUCCCGGCGAGGAGGUCAUCGAAGGAGAGGAUGGUGAGGAGGGAGAAAAGUUGGCGGCACAGGAUGAAAUGUCCACCUGCAAUGCUGAUAGCCCCAAAGGAGGUGAUGUAGAGUCCAGCAGUGUGACCGGGACAGACGAGGCACAGCAGUCCAAUGACGGAAGCUCGCUGGCUUCCACUCUAAAUAAGCUAAAAAUGAUGAGGAAGAAAGAGGAGGACUAUACAGGACAGGAGCCCCAGUACUACCACUACAUGCCCCCAGCGCACUGUCGGGUGAAGCCCCACUUCCAGUUUCUGCUCUUCAUGAAGGCGUCUGAUCAGAGUCAGAGUAAAGAAGAGGAAGAAGAAAUUGAUGAUGGUUCUCAAGAGACUGAGUCCAACAUUGUAGAAUGCAAUGAAGAAGACGACGCCACCACGGUUUCAACCCCUGAAGCUCAAAAAACUCCUCCGGAGUCCAAAGUCAAGGAAGAGGACAACACUUCAUGUGUGGUAGAGGAGACUAACAAUCUUACUGCUUCCCCCAAGGAGAAAGAAGAAAGCCCACCACCACCCGAAGCUUUUGACUCCAACUCGGGUCCCAAGAUCCCUGUGGGUCCUUUCUUCCCUGUGUUGAGUAAAGACGAGUGCACCACACUGCAGUGGCCCUCUGAGCUCCUCGAGUUCACAAAAGCGCAACCCUCUCUGUCUUACAGCUGCAAUCCUCUGUACUUUGACUUUAAGCUGUCUCGUAACAAAGGCGUGCAUGCUGGAAAGGCUGCCAGGGCUCCAAAGCCUUGCGAGCAACCUGACAAAGAAAAGCAGAAAGAGUCAACAGUCUCUAAACCAGAACCAGCUGCUAAAACAGUGCUCACCGGCAACGAAGCCGCCGCAAAGGAAGAGCGUGGACAUUCCGAAGGCGACGAUCAAAAAGUGACAACGGGGGACGGGAGUGCCAAGAAAAAGAAAAAGAAGAAAAAGAAAAAGAAGCACAAGAAGUCGACAAAGCACUCAAAGCGCAAAGCGAAAGCCAAAGAUGCAGAGGAAGAGACUGAACCGAGUCAAGAUACACCCAAGAAGAAGAAAAAGCACAAAAGAAAGAAGAGCAAGAACAAAUCAGCGGAUCAGGAAGAGGCUGCAGGUGAUGAAAAGGAGACUGGCAAAGUAAAGUCUGAAGAUAAACCAGAUCCUUCCACGGUGCAGGCUUUAGCUGGAGGAAUUGUAGAAACUGGGAAGAGGAAGCGAACUGUGAAGGGUCCACCGAGCAAGUCAGGAGUUGAGGAAGGCAACGCAGGAAAAAGCUUAGACAAGGGUAUUUCCUUCGAGGAGCAUGGCAGCAACAAGCGACUAAAAACAGACUCCAGUCUGUCUCAGAGCGCUUCAUGUUCCACCUCGGCUCAAAAGCUCUCUGGUCCAGGAAGACCUCCCAGCAGCGAGAGCGAAGAGGAGGGUGGUUCCACCAACCAGCAUUCGCGGCAUCACAGGUCAAGUCCUCGGGAAGCACGGCGUCACCACAGCGAGGAGUCGAGGCGCUCCUGCAGUCGCUCGUCGAGACAUGGAAGCAGCCGUCGGCGGCACCACCGUGGCAAAACGUCCCAAAGCCGCUCGUACUCCAGCAGCUCUGAGCGCUCCUCGGCGGGCAGCAGCGCCUACAGUCACCGGAGCCACAGCUACUCUGACAGCUACAGCGACUACAGCACGGAGGGUCACCAGCGUAGGCACUCCAAACGCUCAUCAGACUCUGACUAUGAGAGGCGGGGAAGCCGAGGCCACAGGCGGUCCAGGCGGCGCCAGUACUCGUCGUCUUCCUCUGACGAGUCCCGCUCACGGUCGCGCAGCUACAGCCGUAGGAAGCGGCACCGGCGGCACCACGACAGCACCUCCAGGAGCUCCAGCAGCUGGAGCCGCAGCACCAGCGCAAGGUCCUGGAGACGCAGCUACAGCCGGAGCCGCAGCUCUGCUAGCCGUUCGUCCAGCUCUGCCAAGGGCUCCCCGCAACGCUGGAGCACCCGUAGCCGAGGAACUAGCGAGACCCUCCGCAGGGACUUCAACCGUUCCAGCAUCUAUCGCUCGCAGUCCCCUCGGUCCACGUCACGCAGCCUUAACCGCACCUCCACCGGCCCACAGCCUCAGCGGCUAGGCAGCUCCCGGGACGCGGGGGAGUACAAAAACUCCCUCACGGCACGCCAACUCCUGGAAAAGAUUCAGUCGAAAAAGAAUUCAGACGAUCCCGUCACAGGCACAAAAUCUGGUUUAAAGAUCAAGGACCCACCGCAGGGGUACUUUGGCCCGAAACUACCCCCAUCGACUAAAAGCAUGUUGCCGCUUUUUGGUAAACUGCAAGCAGGGAAGAAAACACCCAUGACCGCCGUUACCAGAACGGAUGAGGGUGACAAAUCUGGAGCAGAGAAGACCACAGAGGCUGACGGUGAAGUUAUCCUAGUGGAACCCAUAAGGGAGUUCCCUCCCCCGCCGCCGACUAUAGUUCCGCCAGUGCAGAAAGUGGAGGAAACCCCACUCAGCGUUCCACUACAGGAAGAGACGCAACAUCUGACAACAGAUGCCCAGGUGCUACAAGAACCCAGGCUGCUCUAUGAGCAGGAGUCCUCCAUGAUGAUACCACAGUACCAAGGGGAACUGGGGCAGGAGCCCUCGCAGAACCCCCUGAUGGAAACCCUCCUGCCCGACAUGCAACAGCAGCAGCCCCCGAUGCAUGGCUACCCCAUGUACCCGCCGUCUGGCCUGGAGGAGGACGGCCUGGAGGCGGAGGAUGACGGCCUGGCUCCUCUGGAGAGUCAGCCCAUCACAUUCACGCCCGAGGAAAUGGAGAAGUACAGCAAGCUGCAGCAGGCGGCGCAGCAGCACAUCCAGCAGCAGCUGCUGGCCAAGCAGGUUAAGAGUUUCCCGUCGGCCGCCGUGGCUGCCGUGGCCGCCGCUGCCAACCUGGCGCCGGCGCCGCCCCCACCCACCCUGCAGCAGAUCCACAUCCAGCAGCCCGCCGUCUCAGUGGCAUCAGGCACGUCCAUUGCCACCGUGCAGCACGCCAUCCUGCAGCACCAUGCCGCCACCGCCGCUGCCAUGGGCAUCCACCCGGCGCACCACCCGCAUCCCGCACACGCUCAGCUGGCCCAGGUGCAUCACAUACCCCAGCACCACCUCACCCCCAUUUCCUUAUCGCCACUGGGCCCCACCCUCGGACACUCGCUGGGGCACUCGCUGGGACACGCUGGGCUGAUCCCCGCCCACCCCACCGCCUUCCUCUCCGGGCAGCCCAUACACAUCAUCCCCGCGUCGGCGCUCCACCACACACCCUUAGCUCUCCACCAUGUGCCCCACGCCGCCCUCUACCCGACACUCUUCACGCCCAGGCCCUCGCAGGCGGCGGCGGCAGCGGCGGCUCUCCAGCUCCACCCUCUCCUCCACCCCAUCUUCUCAGGGCAGGACCUCCAGCAUCCGCCUAACCACGGUUCUUGAACAGGUGAGAAGUCUGACUGGACACUCGUUCCUCUCUUUUGGAAGUGUUUUUUUUCUAGAUAAAAAAAAAAAAAAAAAAAAGAUAUUCUCCAUACACUUUUUUUUUUUUUUUUUAACAUACGGUACAAUAACAGGAUCAAUUACUCUUUAGUCUUUUUCUUCCUUUUACCACUGGACAUUUUUUUUUUUGUUAUUCCUACUCCUACUUACACAAAAUGGCUAAAGCCAUCACAAACAUUUUGAAAUGAAGGUUUAAUACAGGGGUGGGGGAAACCAUAUUCAGCCCAUACAACAUUUAAGGUUUAUGUUAUAGGAAAAAUGUACCCCACCCCUGCUCUAAUAUGACUACUUUUACUCCCCCGCAGUAACGUGUAUAUACAUCAGUGUGCAAUGUGAAGAAGAAUUGGUGGCCUGGAUCAUCACGGCAUUUAUUUGUAUCAUAAUUCACUGCACCCGCCUCCUCCCUUAAUUUUGUGACAUUUCUUGCACUGAAAUCUUGUUCAAGAUUGUAGUAUACUGCAAUGUUUUUUUUUUCUGUUUUUAAAUUAUUUUCCAACAUGCUUUUUUUUUUUCCCAAGAAGGGUGUUUUUGUUGCUUUUUUUUUGUAAAUAAAGCUGCUGUAGAUUAUUCUUGACAUCAUAGCAGUCAUUAUCACCUGUCUGGACUGUGAGAUGAAACUGUAGCUUCUCUAUUUUUUAUUUUUUAAAAACGUUUUUUUUUUCAGCCAAUUCACCCUUGCGUUCAUGCGUUGUGUUAGUUUUUUUUUUUUUUUUUUUUUUAAUAAUUGACCAGAUAACAAUAAUAUAGCAGCUACUAUCCAGUGUGACUAUAGGUGGCGCCAUUGUUUCUUGCAGUCCAACCUAGAACUACAGCAUGCUAUUAUUUGAACAUUCUAACUUUGCCGCCCCCUCCGUCAACUUUUUUUCCCGACAAAUUGCAGGCUGUCAUAACAUUUUCAUCGGGCAAACUCUGGUUUUCCUACACACACACACAAAACUUCAUUUGUACUAUUAUAUCGUGUACAAAAAUGUAAUUUAAUGACGACUUAAUUCGAAAUAAACGAAUUUGCUACAG